AUGGGAAAAGCAAAGAUUUUAGUUGAGAUGGAGUUGGAUAUAGAUUUCCCGAAGCUUAUUGCUCUUGAUGAUAAACAAGGUAACAUAUUUCUUGUUAAUGUUGAGUACACGUGGAUUCCAUCAACGUGUGAGAGAUGUGGUAAUCUUGGCCAUAAAGCUAAGAGGUGCCUCUUGCCUCCGAAGCCGACUAGUGAUCCAACCUUGCAGCAUCAGGCAACAUAUGUUCAUAGUGAGAACCCUGUUGUGGAUAUUGAUCUUAUCUUAACACAAAAGGACUCCUCGACAUCUACUCCAGAAGUGUUUCAGAAUACUACCAGCGAGUUAGAUGGACAAGGAGUUACUGUCCCCAUUCCUGCUUUACCCAGUGUGGAGGAUGUUGAUGACCUCCCUUCAGGAGAUGGGGAUGAAGUUGAGAUUGAGCCUUCAAGUUCGUUCGGCUUGACUAAAGGUGGGAGGGAGUCAAAACCUCAUAUCAAGUAUGAAAACAUGGAAUGGAAGACAGUUCGAGAGAGAGGGAAGCGUGGUCGUCGUGGCCGUGGUUCCUAUCAUUAG